UUCAACUUGAUCCGACGAAAUCAAGGGGAAAGCAAUCGACCAAUUACGAACUCGCCGUCCCGACUUUUAUCUAGCCGUUGAGUUUCGGUUUCUUGUUUCUUUCGUCCCCUCUCUCUCCAUUUUCUGUCAAACCUAAUGAAUUGGUCAUCCGUUUAUGGCUACCUAAAACCCUAAAUAAUUUUCGGGUCUGUAAUUCGUCUUUGACCUUUCUCGCUUCGUCUUCACCUUAGUGUCACGUUCCUUCUCUCUCUCUCUCUCUCUCUCUCUCUUUCUCUCGACGUACUAUUCAAUUUUUCAAACUUAACCAUACUAGACAGGAGCAUCUUGACUUUUGCGGGUACGAAAAAUGUUGAUCCCCAUUUGAUCGAAGGUCGAGGAUGAGUGAUUCGCAGAGCUCGUCUUCCGCGGAAUUGGGCUCCGCCGUCGCCGCCGACGAGAGUGUUGGGAGGACUAGAAGAAGCUCUGAUUCUAGUCAGAUAAUUGCUUCGCCGCCUUCAAGGCACUGGAGAGAUGUUUUUUGGUUAGCGAUAUUUUUGAUCCACUUGCUCGGUUUCAGUCUUAUCCUCGGAGUUCUUGGGCUUAACAGGUUUGAGAAACCGGACAGACUAAAUAUUGGCAACGUAGGUAAUGUGCCAUCUGAUGGUGAUGCCAGAUUUACGGAGGACUACUGGCCAUUAUAUGCUGUAGCUGGUGGUACAGGAACUCUUCUUGGAUGGACGUGGUUGUUGUUUCUGGGUUCUCAAGCUAACCACAUGAUGAAAGUGUCGGUGCAUAUAUUAACUACUUAUCUCGCUGUGAUUAGUGUGCUGUGCUUCUGGGGUGAGCGCUUUUUCUGUGGUGUUGCUUUCGCAGUUGGAGCUGCACUGCAGUUUUUGUAUGUGAUAUCUGUUAUAGACAGACUUCCAUUUACCAUGUUGGUGCUUCAGAAGGCUGUCAAGAUGGUAUGGAAUCUGCCUGAAGUUACAAGAAUAGCAUAUUUGUUUAUGCUGGUUAUGCUUUUAUGGAUGGUAAUAUGGUCCUUCGGAGCGGCUGGUGUCAUUGCAUCAAGCUUGGAUGAUGGUAAAGGCUGGUGGCUUCUUGUGGUGCUCUCUGUAAGCUUAUUUUGGACAGGUGCAGUUCUUUGCAAUACUGUGCAUGUAAUAGUCUCUGGUUUGGUGUUUCUGGUUCUCAUCCAUGGAGGUCGACAAUCAUUGUCAAUGCCACAAAACUCAUUAUUGAAGACACUUCGAUAUGCCGUGACUACAUCUUUUGGAAGCAUAUGUUAUGGAUCACUAUUUACUGCUGCAAUUCGGACCUUGCGUUGGGAGAUCAGGGGAUUUCGGUCGAAGAUUGGAAACAAUGAAUGUCUACUCUGCUGUGUCGAUUUUCUUUUCAACCUUGUGGAGACACUUGUUCGCUUUUUCAACAAGUACGCUUAUGUACAGAUCGCAGUUUAUGGUAAAAGCUUUAACCAUUCUGCAAGAGAUGCGUGGGAGUUAUUUCAGUCCACUGGGGUUGAAUCACUUGUUGCAUAUGAUUGCUCUGGUGCUGUUUUGUUGAUGGGCACCAUCUUGGGAGGGCUUGUAGCUGGAACUUGCUCUGGAGUUUGGGCUUGGUUUAAGUAUAAUGAUAAAGUUGUUAUGGUCGGCUCCACUUCAAUGUUGAUGGGUAUGGUUUUGGUCGGAGUGGCAAUGGCUGUGGUGGAAAGUGCUGUUACGUCUAUCUACAUUUGCUUCGCAGAAGACCCGCAAUUGAUUCAUAGAUGGGAUGCUGAGUUCUUCAACCAGUUAUCGGAGAUGCUACAUCAGCGUCUUCAACAUAGGAGCGCAAGAGUGACAGAAGUUUUGACACACAAUAGAUUCGAUGGUCGGAUACAAAAUACAUUUUCUAUUUGAAAUGUUGAAAUUAUCUUCUUAAUAAGUUAUCGAUGAGAAAAAGAAUUAGGUUCUUUUCGUUGUGCAUAUUGGUUCUAUCACUCAUUCUAGCCAGAUCAGUUUUUCGUGGCAAUGCUGCGGUGUAACUGGGGAUUGAUAGCUAGUUCUUCUUUUCCCGAUUGAUAUUACAAGUGACCGUGUUAAUUCUUCUUCUGUCAAUUGAUGUUACACAUGGCUGUGUCAGUACUUCUUUCGUCAAUUGAUAUACAUUAAAA